AUGCGUUUCUUCAUCCCUACUCUCGCUGCUGCAAUUGCUAUUCUCUCUGUGGUGUCGGCUCAACCUGCUGCACAAGGUGGCGCUGAUCCUAAAUCGGUUGGUGCUCAGGGUGGUCCUGGUCAAGGACCCAAAGCAGAUGCCGCUGGUGGUGGUCCUGGUGGUCCUGGUGGUCCUGGUGGUCCUGGUUCUGGAGCUGAUGCUGCUGCUCAAGAAGAAGCUAUGAAGGCCAUAGCGGAAAUCUUUGGACCUGAUGCCGCAAAAAAAAUGAUGGAAGGUGGUGCUGGUGCCGAUGCUGCUAAAGCUGGUCCUGGUGGUGCUGGUGGUGGUGCUGGUGCCGAUGCUGCUAAAGCUGGUCCUGGUGGUGCUGGUGGUGGUGCUGGUGCCGAUGCUGCUAAAGCUGGCCCUGGUGGUGCUGCUGGCGCCGAUACUGCUAAAGCUGGCCCUGGUGGUGCUGCUGGUGCCGAUACUGCUAAAGCUGGUCCUUAA